GCAGAACCCUUCAGACAUCGAACUUUGCUCUCUGUUUAUUUUCGCUAUGUUUAUGGAUUGGCAUUCUAAGAGCUGAACCUCAAAUUGUAUAAAAUGCACUUUAUUGCGUCUGUACGAUUUGUCGUGAAGAUUAGAAUGAUGCGGUAAUAUUUUAUUAUAUACGAAUCUUGCUGAUUCUUUUCUUUGAGAUAUGUAUUGUGAGAUUGUACGUAAGAAUUUAAUAGAAAAUUCGUUAAAGUCGAUCAACAAGCAAUAGCUAUAUAAAUAUGUCGACGAUGGAAGGUUCGCUCAGCAAGUGGACAAAUGUUGUUAAUGGAUGGCAAUAUCGAUGGUUUGUUUUGGAUGACAACGCUGGCCUUCUAUCAUAUUAUACGCAAAGAAAAAUGAUGCGCGGAGCCCGUCGUGGUUGUGUCCGAUUGAGAGGUGCUAUUAUUGGUAUCGAUGAUGAAGAUGACAGUACAUUUACUAUCACAACAACUUCUUGCAAGGAUGAUCCAAAAACAUUUCAUUAAACACGGAAUGGCGAAGAAAGGGAACGCUGGGUUCGUGCACUAGAAGAUACGAUACUUCGUCAUUCUCAUACGAGAUGGGACCAAAAAUCACCUCCUAAACAGGAUUUUGAUCGCAAAGUAGCAGAGGCUGAUGUCUAUCUUCAACUUUUAAUUGACCAAAUUAAAUUAAUCGAAGACAAAAAUGCAGCUGAAAAUGAAGAACAACAAGAAAAGUAUUCUACUAUUUUGUUACAGGCUAAUGCAAUGCUUAAUUCCAUUAAACAUACUAUUGUCCAAUUACAAAUUGCAAAGAACACAGCAAUACCUGUUAAUGGGAUAUAUAGAGGACCAUCAAAUUCUAUACAUGUCUCACCUCAACUCCCUCAUGUUGCAGCUGGAGCACCUGAAGCAACAGUGCAAACUGGUAUCGAAUUAGGUUCUGAAUGCAUGGAACCAAGAGUAUCUAUCUUACCAAAUGUUGUAGACAGAGAUUUACCAGUACCACAAUUCUCAUAUUCAUCAUCCGAUGAGGACGAUGAUUACUUUGAUGCCGCAGACGAAAUACCAACUCCAAUUGUUCAGAAUCAUAUUACUCUUUGUCAAGAUAACGAACGAUUAUACUCAUCCGUGGAAAAUGCAGGAGAUAAACGCAAAGAGAAAACGCCUCUACCGCCCAUCAAAGGCGAUGGAUCAGUAGAUUAUGAUGCUCUUUACGAAGAAGAAAGCGAAACAGAAAUGGAUUCUAUGGAGAGUCAUGGCUCGGUCGUGACUCAUCUUCUGUCUCAAGUAAAGAUUGGUAUGGUGACAAAGUUUGCCUUACCAACAUUUAUCCUAGAACGCAGAUCACUCCUUGAUUACGCUGAUUAUUUUGCUCAUCCUGAUCAAUUUGUGAGCAUCGCAGAUAUGCCUACACCUCGAGAGAGAAUGGUGCAAGUAAUUCUGUAUUUGUGUAGUUUUCACGCAGGACGUAAAUCGGGUGUAGCUAAAAAGCCAUAUAAUCCUAUAUUAGGUGAAAUUUUUCGAUGUCAUUGGAAUAUAUUGAACGUUAAUUCUUCUGAUAAUGCUACAGAUCAUAGCAGCAAACUUGCAUCAGAUGGUCCUGUACCAUGGUGCAAAAAAACCACCUUGCUUUUUCUCGCUGAACAAGUUUCUCAUCAUCCGCCAGUUAGUGCAUUUUAUGCUGAGCAUGUUGGAAAAAUAAGUUUUGGAGCUCAUGUUUGGACAAAGAGCAAGUUCUUGUUUAAGUAUAGGGUACACAAUGUGGGAAAGGGUUGGGUAAAUGUGUUGCAACACGGGGAGGAAUACGUUUUAACUUUUCCUAAUGGCUAUGGCAGAUCUAUCCUCACUAUACCAUGGUAGAAUUAAGGAGGACUGUAAGCAAUAAAUUGUUUACAAACUGGCUACCAUGCAACGGUAGAAUUAACGAAACCUUUUUAAAAACGCCGCGGUAAACGGAACCGGAUUUACAUGCAAGCAUUUCAUUCAGCAGGUAAAGAGAAAAAACCGUUUCUUAUUAUAAACGGAGAAUGGUCGGUGCAUGGAAGCAAAAUGGGCGGAUUGUGUAAGUUGAAAUACUACGUAGUUAUUAACGGGAAGUGUGAAAUCUUUGCGGAUGUGAGAACUUGGUACAGAAAGGAAAUUAGUUAAGAAGUAUGCGAGCAAGAAGAGUACGAGUCACGAAAGGUUUGGCGCGAUGUAACAGUUGGUCUACGUAUCAAUGAUAUGGAUAAAGCUACAGCGGCAAAAUGUGCAAUUGAGCAAAAACAACGAGACGAAGCGCGUUUUCGGAAGGAGAAUAAUAUAGCGUGGCAAACGAAACUUUUUAAGGAAACCAAAGAUGGUGGUUGGAUGUACAUAAAACCUCUUGUAGACAGAAUAUGUAGUUCUAAUGAUCAAAUGAAUGUCACGUAGCAUAAUAUGCUAUUACAUGACACAACAGAUACAGCACAUUAUUAGAGGAAAGACCAUGGCCUAAUAAGAGCCCAUAAGAAGAGUUGUAAUAUCAGGCUUAAUUCAAAAUACAUAUGCGUCUGAAUAUAA